AGAGAGAGAGAGAGAGAGAAAACAGGCCGUCGGUGUAUCGGUGAUUGCUUGUAUCGAGUCAACGAGUCAUCGUUAUCCCGGUACUGUCCUCGUCGAUAAGACGGCGGUGAAAAGCUUCCAUCCAGCGAUCUGAGAUUUUCCAAGGCUUGAAGAGUUUUCACUGAAGAAGAACAACACGGCGGAUAUGAUGGCUGUCGCAGCGGCACAGAAGAAUCGCGAGAUGUUCGCUAUCAAGAAGUCUUACAGCAUUGAGAAUGGUUAUCCAGCGAGACGACGAUCCUUAGUGGAUGAUGCUCGUUUCGAGACGUUGGUUGUCAAGCAAACGAAACAGAGCGUUCUCGAAGAAGCACGUCAACGAGCAAAUGACGCUGGAUUGACCGAGGAAGAAGUGGUGCUCGCGAAGACUAUAGCGGAAUGCCCGGAGAGCGAGUACAUCGUGAAGAAGGCGGCGCUCGUUUUGCGUUUGAGGGAGGGAAUCAGUUCGUUAGCGAGGAUCUUGAAGACGAUCGAGAACUUCAAGGGGACGGUGACCCACGUCGAGUCUCGGCCAUCGAAGAAGGAAGGACUUCAGUUCGAGGUGCUCGUCAAGGUCGACAUGACCAGGCAGAGUUUGCUGCAGUUGAUCAGAAAUCUCCGUCAGAGUUCCGCGUUGGACGGCGUCACCCUGCUCGCGGACAAUUCCGUCAGCAUCAAAGAUCCCUGGUUCCCAAGGCACGCGUCUGAACUGGACAACUGUAACCAUUUGAUGACCAAGUACGAGCCUGACCUCGACAUGAGCCAUCCUGGAUUCGCGGACAAGGAGUAUCGCGCUCGUAGGAAGAUGAUCGCGGAGAUUGCUUUCGCGUACAAGUACGGCGAUCCGGUGCCUAACAUCCCUUACACCGAGACGGAGAACGAGACCUGGUCGCGCGUGUUCAACACACUCAUCGACUUGAUACCGAAGCAUGCCUGCGUGGAGUAUCGAAGAGUCUUCAAGAAGCUGCAAGAUGAAAAGAUCUUCGAGCCUCAUCGUAUACCACAACUGCAGGAAGUCAGUGAAUUCUUGAAGAGGAACACCGGGUUCACGUUGAGACCUGCGGCUGGAUUGCUCACCGCUAGGGACUUUUUGUCCAGUCUCGCGUUCAGGGUGUUUCAGAGCACUCAGUACAUCCGUCAUAUCAAGAGCCCUUAUCACACACCCGAACCAGACGCUAUCCACGAACUUCUGGGUCACAUGCCAUUGCUAGCCGAUCCAAGUUUCGCUCAAUUCUCUCAGGAAAUCGGUCUGGCCUCGCUCGGAGCCUCCGACGAGGAAAUUGAAAAGCUAUCCACCAUUUAUUGGUUCACCAUUGAGUUCGGUCUUUGCAAGGAAGGUGCCGAGGUGAAAGCUUACGGCGCCGGUCUCCUGUCCGCUUACGGAGAGCUUCUUCACGCACUCAGCGAUAAAUGCGAGCACAGGCCCUUCGAGCCAAAGACUACUGCCGUUCAGAAGUACCAGGAUCAAGAAUACCAACCGAUCUAUUACGUAGCGGAGAGCUUCGAGGACGCGAAAGAAAAGUUCCGUCGCUGGGUAGCCACCAUGAGCCGACCCUUCGAAGUUAGGUACAAUCCGCAUACGCAACGCGUCGAGGUGCUCGACAGCGUGGACAGGUUGGAAAACCUGGUGUCCCAGCUGAACACGGAGAUGACUCAUCUCACGAACGCAAUCUCCAAGCUCAAACGAUCCUUCGCAUAAAGACGAGAAGCUCAAUGCUCGCGUGACACGAUAAGAUUAUCCCUUUCGCGGAUCAUCGAGCUUCUUCUCUUGAUCUUCGGCGUCUGUCCUUUGCGUGUGUUCGCGAGAAAUCGCACAAUUUCCCAUCUCGUUUGAGGUUUGCUAGUUUCGAUGUUUUAUGCAGUUGCUCACUUAAUUUGCGAAUCCUAUUCUCGUUGUUGAGAAUCGUCUCAAGCGGAUUGUAUAUAAAAGUAUUAUAAUUCUUUUUUCUCCUCUUUUUGUUC